AUGUUUUCUUCACUGUCCCACAAACGUCGACACGACGAUGACGAUGAUGUUAUGUCCAUGCAUCACGACAAGAGACUGCGUCACACUGCUGGAUACGAGCAUAAUGCAUUUGGUGCAACCUCUUUCGAAUCACAGUCAAUUCCCGGUGCCAUGGACGACUCGUUAGAUCAAACCACCUUCGAGACCGAAUCAUCCGAUGAUAUGGAUAUGGACAUGAGAGACGACUUCGAGAUGGCAUUCUCCCAAUCUCCGGAGCUGCCGGCUUCCUGGAAACUUGAAAACACCCCUCUCCGAAACCCUAGGAUGGCUCUGGAUGAUCGCGGCUCACGGGUACCGACACCGAUUGCACUGCUUACAACUCGUCCGAAACCAACCCCUCUGCAAGGUAACACAUCUGCCAGCAGUACCUAUGUCGCUUCAACUUCUAUGCGUGCUCGUUUGGCUGGCUCAAGAGAACGCUUCCCAUCACCCAUCUCUGAAGACGAACCUCAUACCCCUACUACGGCUACUGGAAGUCAGUUCUCCUUGUUGACUGUUAACGACAUGGAUAUGGAUGCUGAAACUACUCCUCGCCCAGCCCCGCAAACACCUGAAGUACAUGUCCGCAAGCAGAGAGCUCGUAGUGGAGCCUUUACAUCCCCGCGCGACUCCGAUACAUCCAAAAAGUUCUCCAUGGGAUACCGCGAAGACUGCGAGAAGUGCCGAAACCGUGUGCCAGGCCACAUGAACCACUUCUUAAGAUAG